GGUGAUCCGGGGCCAACUUUUCCAUUUCUAUGCGAUGGUGCCGUGCUCCAAAUUUCAAGUAAUCUCAAUCUCGCGCUACAUCGCCUUGUAUCCCCUAGCGACUUCCGUUAUCUGUGGAUAGAUCAGAUAUGUAUCAAUCAGAAGGAUGAUGGCGAGGAAAAAGCAACUCAAAUCAGAUCGAUGCACCUAAUCUAUGGCAACGCUGAGAAUGUUGCCGUCUGGCUGGGCGAAGCUCCCGAGGGAAUGCAACAUGCUCUUGAUUUAAUACCAUCAAUUCAAAAUGGAUUGAAUAAUAUCGAUGGAAUAUUCUUGGUCAACCAGGCGAACUUUGAGUCUCAUGGUCUUCCGGAAGUCUCAUCGCCUGUCUGGCAGACCCUUGGCGCGAUAUUUGGGAGUAGUUGGUUCGAACGUCUCUGGACUUUGCAGGAAGUUGUGCUUGGGAGGAAGUUAAAAUUCCAAAUGGGGUCCUAUCUUCUCGACUGGGAUGUGUUAUCUUCGUUGGCUUUUCGCAUCGCAAAAGCAAACCUGAGUUUUCAUAUGAGGGGUGAAACUGCCAUGCCAAAGGAUCGCGCCGGUGGGUUUACUGCGGUCCAGCAUAUUCAUUAUCUGCGCCAAACGAAGGCCGAAUUCGGAUACAUAUCUUGGCCUAUGCUCCUAGAGGUAGCCCGGACUAGAGCAUGCACAAAGGAAGUUGACAGAAUCUACGCUAUUACUGGCCUUCUCACCGGCGCGACCGUUUCAGCGCUAACUUUUGUGGAUUCAGUGAUAUUUGCAUGUAGUGGCCGGCGGUAUUUCAGCACGAAGACCGGUCGUGUCGGCCUGGGACCAACCGACAUCGCACCAGGAGAUCUGGUUUGUGUCUUUCUUUCUGGGCCAACCCCAUAUAUCAUUCGCCAGCCUCAACGUCCUUCUAACUAUAUAUUCCUCGGCGAAGGUUAUGUACAUGGUCUGAUGAAUUCAGAGGCUUUAGAUAUGAUGGACCAAGGGGUCGUACAAAGUGAAACUUUUGAGCUUGAGUAG